UCAUUCCCCGAAUUCGCGGCUGACGUGGACAUCAACUUCGGCUGGACAAGUGUAAAAGUGCGACAACUGGGCUACUCUUUUUGGGUCCCAAAUUCCUCUUUCUUUCCAUCAACAAAAACCGACCCAUUGGUUUGUUCAUGAUACCAGUGAAUAUAUAGUAAAUCGUUCCAGAAACCAACCUAAUCCAGAGAACGCCUUCUUUUACAUGAUUUUUUUUUCCUUUUUCGUUUUCUAAGUCUGGUGCUACGAGUGAACAAUUCUGGGGAUUUGUCUCUUUUGUUUUCCUAAUUUUGGGUGCGGAUUCCAGAAAGAUAUCUAUAGGAACAUGCAAAGCUUAAAUGGUUCUUCAUCAAGGCCAGAAAUGGACCGAACGGGGUCGCUAUUGUCGGAGCUGAGCGUUGAAAAAGAAAAACAUCCCUCGAAUUCUGAUGAUACAACCGCAACUUUGCUGGAAUCUCAAGAAACAGAAUCAGAAUCCACACAGUGGACAGACGAGAAACACAGCUCGUAUCUUAAUUCGAUGGAGGCCUCAUUUGUUAACCAGUUGUAUGAUUCGUUGGAUACAUUGGGUGGUUUCUCCCAACAAGAAUCCUUGUCAGAACCUAAAAACUGGGGGCAAAUGAAUGAUGGUGUUGCUACUCCUUCUGGCCAGUUCAAGGUUUUCAAAGAUGGCUCUUGGGCAAGAGUCAAUUUCAGCAAUUACAGGAGAGAAAUGGCACGACCAAAGCAAGCACAGAAAUCUGACCCUGUUUUGGCAAAUCCCUGGAUUCAACAUUACAGGUCCUCGUGCAGGCACCAGACCAGAACCUUCCAAGGACAAGCUCCUGUAUCUACUACUGCCAAUCCAACUGCGUUUCCGUUUGGCUGCCAAGAUUCUAUGGGCAGCAAUACAGAGAUGACUGAUCAAAACUUUGCUGACGAGGAUUCUGAAGAAGAGAAGAAAAGCAGAAAACGCCGCCAAAAAUGCAGAAAAAAGUCAGCAGCCACUGCUUCAUCCAAUGAUCAAGUCGUACCUCAUGGAAAGUUAUCUCUUAUAGAUGAUCAUUCCAAGGUUCAUAGUUCCCAAAAAGAAUGUAAACCUCCUCAAACCCAGUGCUGAGGAGAGAAGGAAGAUUGUCAAACCAGAAUGGCAUGAGGCUUAGCCUGAGUUCUACAUAAAGGACUAGAGUAGAGGGACGUUAAGGAGAUGCAAGGGCCAUGGAUCAUUCUGACACUGCCACAAAUCAAAACAAGCCCCUGAAGACUCUCCAUAAGAUUUAAGCCCGUCUUUGCAUAGAAUCAUGAACUACAAUUUUAUGGUGCUAUGAUGUCUGACAUAACUUCAUUUAUUUAUUGUUUGAUUAAUUUCAUUCAGCUGCUUUGACGUUUUAGUGUAUUAUGCUUGCCUUUUGUCUUUGUAAAAUCAGAAGAAGAAAUAUUGUACAGAUUUUUGUCAAAUAUCUCUUCAGGCUUUGUGAUGUUCUCUGUUUUA